AACCAAGCCAAUGGGAUAUGGUUUUCAAGGUUUGUUGUACUUGUACCUAACUGCUAGAUCCAGUCAACAGUACAAUUAGCUUACCAUCUUCACUAAUGAAUAUCACUGAAUAACGAUUUCCGCUCAGUUACUAGAAUCAAAAUGAAUUUUAUGUUUAGGAAAUUUCUUCCCUCUUCAAGUUCAGUAAUCUAUGCAUUGAAAAGAAAUCAACCAAAUUGCAUACAAAAAUCUCAUUUUUCUAAACAUUCAGAGUCAAAUCAUGUGAAAUCAAUGGAGGGGUUAGUUAAAUGUUCAGCUAAUUAUGUUCCUCUAUCUCCUAUUAGCUUCUUAGAAAGAUCAGCUAUUGCUUAUGGAAAUAGAGUAUCUGUUAUUUAUGGUACUCUUAAGUUCACUUGGAGACAAACACUUGAUAGAUGUCUUAAACUUGCUUCUUCUCUUACUCAACUUGGGAUUUCUCGUGGCGAUGUUGUUGCAACAUUAUCCCCAAAUGUCCCUGCAAUGUAUGAGCUGCAUUUUGGUGUUCCAAUGGCAGGGGCAAUACUAUGUACACUCAAUACUCGCCAUGAUUCAGCCAUGGUUUCGAUCCUAUUGAAACAUUCAGAAGCCAAGAUCAUCUUUGUAGACUACCAGUUCCUUGAUGUUGCUCGUGGAGCAUUUGACCUUCUAUCGAAAGCAAACUGCACACUCCCUCGUUUGGUGUUGAUAUCGGAUUCUGAAAACUCGUCAAAGACUAUAAACAUCUCAACAUCUAGUGAUUUAGAGUAUGAGAAGCUUCUUGAAUUGGGAAUUACUGAGUUUGACAUCCCACGGCCAAAUGAUGAAUUCGACCCAAUAUCCAUAAAUUAUACUUCAGGAACAACGUCUAGUCCGAAAGGAGUUGUUUACAGCCACAGGGGUUCGUAUCUUAAUUCUCUUGCUACAGUUAUGAUUCAUGAUAUGGGUGCAAUGCCUGUUUAUCUAUGGACUGUGCCUAUGUUUCACUGCAAUGGUUGGUGUCUCACAUGGGGGGUGGCAGCUCAAGGUGGUACCAAUGUAUGCCUUAGAAAUGUCACUCCGAAGGGUAUUUAUGACAGCAUUGCUCUUCAUAAGGUGACCCACAUGGGCGCUGCCCCAACUGUCUUAAACAUGAUCGUUAAUGCACCAGCCGGUGAUCGAAGCACACUGCCUUGCAAAGUCAACAUAAUGACAGGAGGUUCAGCUCCACCUGCAGGAAUUAUUUUUAAGAUGGAAGAGUUGGGUUUCAAUGUAAGUCACAUAUAUGGCUUGACAGAAACCUAUGGUCCAGCAACAAUUUGUGCAUGGCAGCCUGAGUGGGACUCCUUGCCCCCUGAUGAACGUGCAAGGAAGAAGUCUCGACAAGGGGUGCAACAUAUAGGUGUGGAAGUUGAUAUUAAAAAUCCAGUUACCCUGGAAAGUGUACCAGACGAUGGAAAAACCAUGGGGGAGAUAAUGUUUAGAGGUAACACUGUGAUGAAUGGAUAUUUUAAAGAUUUAAAAGCAACUGGAGAAGCUUUAAGUGGCGGAUGGUUUCGAAGUGGUGAUCUAGCUGUGAAGCACUCUGAUGGUUUCAUAGAGGUAAAGGAUCGGUCUAAAGAUAUUGUUAUAUCAGGGGGAGAAAACAUCAGCACAAUUGAAGUUGAAUCAGUGUUGUUUAGUCAUCCAUCAAUAUUUGAAGCUGCGGUUGUUGGCCGACCUGAUGAUCACUGGGGUGAGACGCCGUGCGCAUUUGUGAAAUUGAAGGAUGGGUGUAGUGCAAAUGCAGAAGAGAUUAUCCAGUUUUGCAAGGACAGGUUGCCACGCUACAUGGCUCCUAAAACUAUUGUUUUUGCUGAUCUGCCAAAAACCUCAACUGGAAAGACACAGAAGUACAUUCUCAGGGAGAAAGCAAAAUCAAUGGGAAGUCUGUCUUAAAGAAUUGAAUCACUUAUGGUACCACGUUCUUAGAUGGCAAGAAGUAUGAAAAAUAAGCUAGAUUAAUCUGGCGCAAAUGCAGCCUUGUAACCAAUAAAGUGUUUGUUUACUGAUGGUAUAUAAUAGUGUAUCAAUUGUACUACAUUAAUGUGAAUGAAGAAUGAAAAGACCCUUAUAAUUAAGGAUCCACUAUAAUGCAAAUAUAUUUAGAACAUUUUCAG